GUUGAAAUGUCUCACCAACUUUUCAGAAGAUGGAAAAAUAAAACGUUAUGACUUUACAUGUCGCUUGACAGUUCAAGAACGUGGCAUAAAUGGAACAUCCAGAUGAUAAUACUGAAAAUGUGGUUUUGAAUGCAAGGGAUCUCUAUGUUUUAAUGCGAAAAGGCUGUCGCAUAUCUAGAAAUAUCCGAGCAUCAUGGUUUUUCAAACAUCUCAACUCUGUACUACCAUUCAGCUUACGUCAAGAGGAGGGCGAUGUCUCAGAAGAGUUGUCCGUGGUGUCAGUGGUCCCUACGGAGGAGGGCAUGCAUCUAGACCCAGACAAAACCUACAGCGUGUAUGUGGCCUCCAACACCAUUGUCACCUUCCUGGCUUCACGCUACAAGAUGGUUUUCGCUCUCGAUCUCAGCCCAUCCAUCAUUUCUGUGAAUAUCUCGGAAGGAUGUGUUAUAUAUGAUGAGUUGAUGCUGACAGUGUCGGAAUGCAUGAAUGGACUUGUUAAGCCAUUUCAAAUCCCUGGCAGUUCCAUUGUUAUGUGCCCAGAGUUAUAUGUUACAGUGGUUGUUCAAACUCCAUUGGUCUUGUCCAAGACAAACCAGGUCUUGAUCCAGGGAAUGCUGGUGACCCAGGACAGUGUGGACUUGUUUCUCGAGAUAGUUCAGAAGGAGUUGUCUGCCUUUGAACAUGAGCUGUCUCACACCUUCACCAAAAUUCUCGAUAUGUCUCAGGCAGAGACUAUGAAGUUUGUUGACACCCCAGAAGAUUCUGAAGACAGAACCGAUAUGAUGAAAGAAGACUUGAUAUUUGGACCGGAGGCGGCCUUCGUCAACUUACUGAGAUACGGAAUAUUGGCCUUGCAGCUGCUUCCCGAAAACUCAAGUGCUGCGAUGGUUGUGAUCUCGGACAACAUGGUCGCUCUGCCCGAUGCCAGCCUGUUGGAGUCUCUGUUGUCCCAGCUUCGUAAGAGCACCAUCGCCUGCUCGUUCUUCAAGAUCGGCAGUGCGGGCGCCUGCUGCUUGCAUCACCAGUUUGGACACGUACCACACAUACAGCUGAUGCAGUUCAUAGCAACGGCCACUUUUGGAGCUUAUUUUGGAACUCUUCCCAAAUUGGAGCCAAGUGACAGCAUGGAACCAAAUGUCUACCACAAAGCGAUGUAUUUCUGGAACUUCCAGAAAGGCUUGGAAGGGUUUAAGUAUGAGCUCACAUACCAGAGUGACACGGGCGUUCCAGGAUCGCUUGCAUGGAUACACAGACUGCUGUAUGGCCAUCCUCUAGAGGGCCGAAGCUUCGUGGCAGACCAGGUGAGGAAGAAACACCUGGAGAAAAUUGUUCCUGCAAACAUGGCCAGUGUGCUGUGGGUGCGACUCCGUGAGGGAUACACCAUUAAGGAAAUUGCUGUCACCAAAGAUGGAAGCCAGCUGGAGGUGAAGCUUGUUUUGCCGUGGAGAGAUUACACCAGAAUAGAAUACUACGCUGUGUCUGCCUGGCCUCUCAACAGCAGUCAUCAGCAAACAUCAAUAGAGAUCUGGAUGGAAGGAAAUUAUGAAUUUCAGCAUGAAAUAACAUGCGCGAAUCAAAAUGUUUUCAAGAGCCCAUACAGGACUAUCAACGUAAAGAGAUUCUGGCAGACUCUACAAGGCAUUCGAGAGACUGACCAGUUGUUGGCUCAUCUACAGUCUUUCUUUACAAACCCUGUCUACUACAAAAUACCAGAGAGUAUAAAGAUUGGAAUACCUCUGUUCUACUUGUCGCAGAACUCGCAGACACCAGCUCUUAACUCUCAGCUGAGUACAAAAGACACUGUCCUUGCUCAGUUUGCUUCUUUCUGGAAACCAGUGAUCAUGUUGGAUACCAAUAUUUGGCAAAAGUGGAUGCACACCCACCGAAUUGGGCUGGUGCUGGAGCAUGACAUGCCACUGCCCAAGUAUCUUCACAUUCCCAACUCCAGUGGUAGAUUCAACAACAUCCAGUGUCGCCAAGCCAUCACCUCUCUCAACCUGUCUCUCAGGAACUGGAGUACAUUUGUCCUGAUGGAAAACCAUUCGUACAUCAAGCUGCUGUACAGUGAAGCUGACAAACCACCAUUGUCUUUCUGCGUCCUACGAGUGACAUCUAAACCUCCAUCCAUGGUCCUGCGACUGGCCUUCCUCAGUGGGACUCCAGCAUCAGUCAGAGAACAGCAGAUGAAACAGCUUCAGGGUGAAAUACAGAACCUCAAGUUCCCUCCCCGCGGCCAGCAGAAAACAGACAAAGUGAAGGGAUCUCCGAACUUAAAGGCUGAGAGUUCUCCAGUGAGAAAACCGCCAUUGUUACGAGACUGGUCAGAGAUACACUGUUGUACGGUGCUUGUGAAACCUGUGGAAAAGAUAUUUAUCAGAUAUGAGCGACAGCCCCGAGACAUGCUUCUGCUGGACGACCCGAACAAGGACAUCGUGGUGUCUGGUUAUCACUCUCACCUGCAGAUCAAAAGUUCGAGCAAGUCGGCGGCCAGCAUGUUCAACAUGCUGUCCUGCUACCUGAACCACAAACGCUGGGUGUGGUCCGUCCAGAAGAACUCGAUGAGCACCAUCAACAUGCAGGCCAUCAGUCGGGUUCUCAUGACUCUCGCAAAAAUUCGUCUUCAAGAAGGAUUUCACUUUGCAAUCACGAAGUCUGGCAUUGUCAACAUGGUUUUGGAAGUUGAUAUGAUGGAUCCAGGAGUUGUUGAAGAUGCAGAAAGUGACUCACGUGACAACGCUGAGAAGAAAACUUGUGUUAUUCAGUACAUUAUCUUCCCUCCAUACAACAAGACCAGUCGUAGCAGUGUGUCGGAAGAUGACAUGGAUGAGAUGGAGACUACAGAGGCCGACGGAGAGCUGCAGAUUGUCACUGAGUGCUGGGUGGAGCCACAGUUUGGCGUGUCCCUCAACAACACACCAGAGAGGAAACACCUCGAUGGACUCAACUACAAAGAGAUCGCCAAGGCAUUCUUCCCAGUGGACUGUGAGUGCAUCUCGAGUCUGAUCACGUUUGAACAUCUGAUUGACAUCUGUCAAAACAAUGCUGUCUUCCCCAGUGAUUCAUCUGAUGCUGGGCGAUCAUCUAGCACAUGUCCACCACUCAGCCCGAAACUGUAUCGAAAGCGAGAUGAGAAGAAGAAAGUGGAAUCGUCAAUCCAGUGUAUUCCGUUUCCAUUUGAUCCCCUGUCUCUGCUUCCUCGCUGUCAGCAGGCAGAGCUAUUGUUUUCCACAUUCAUUGUGGGCGAUCAUCCAGACAUUUCCGAAGUCUACGUUGAUCCAAAGAGUUCCAAUGGAUUGCUCUUCUCCAUUUUGUUUGAGAACCUUAUGCCAAGUGAUUUUCUCGGCAGACCCAUUCACGACAGAGAGAUCAUACUCUCAACAGAAGACUGUGUUCGCUUUCUGGAGCUGCUCAAAGCAAGAAAAAGGGACCUCCAUAAGCAUCCUUAUCCUUUUUCUCUGGGAGUGGAUGGUCAAGAUGGUUUCCAUGAUCAGACCGAUUCAACUCUUAAAGAUGAUGACGAGGCACAAACUGAAUCCUCUGCAAGGACUUCAGGACAACCAGUAAAGAAGCCAGAAGAGUCGAGCAAGCCAAGUGUUUCAGAAGAAACAAGGAUUCCCAUGUGGCGGUGCUUUUCUCAAGCCAAAAGCUCCACCCAUCUCUUUCUGACUUUUGUGCCUGCAAGCUUUGAUGAUUUGUUGCUUCUCAAUAAAUGUUCGUUAACAAGUACUUGCAAGGCUCCAAGCCAGGAACAAGAAAGCAGUCAGGAACAAGCUUCUGCCUGCAAUGAGGAUAAACCUCAAGAUGCUGAUGUCAGCCAGUCAGGAGAAGAAGAAUCUGACCAAAGGAGUAAAAGUUAUCACCAUCAUGAUGCCUCUGAAAAUGCUGGUCAAGAUGCUUCUUCAGCUGAAAUACAUGCAGAUGGCACUUCUCCAGUUAAGACUUCAGACCCAUCCAAACCAUCUGAAGCCGAAGACCAUUCACUGCCAGAUAUCAAUGUGAAGAAUCCAGACAGCAACUUGUCCAGUCAGCCACCAGGUCCUCUGAUGGUCCCAGUGUACGUGUAUGACUGCUACCAGUACAACGUGAUGGACUCGCUGGUUAACAAGUGGGGAUUCACGUUAGCUGAGGAUAUCUAUGAGGACAUGUCCUUUGACCUCACCUAUGUGGACAGUGUCAAUGACAGCUACGGCAAGCUGUCUUCCAGUCCACGUGGUCGGCUUCUGUCAUUUGAUGCUGAAGAGGUUUCUUCUGAAGACAGAGAGGAGAGCGACAUUAAUAAGCUCCACUGGAGAUCAUCGGUGGAUCGGAAGUCUUAUGAAAGCAUGUGUGAGGCAGGAGUUUGGGACUUCCGUAGACAUUGUGUUUUGGUGUCUGAAAUCUUCUUUUCCAGUUUCGUUUCAGGUGUUUACAAGAGCCUGCAUCAGAACUACUACAUUGACUGGCACGACGUGAAUGCUGCCAUCAACACUAUAUGUGAGGAGUCGCUGCCCCUGGAGUCAGAGAUGACCUCGUUUCUACUCUCAUCCUGCACCCACUUCCAGCACAUCGUGGACAGUGCCCGGCGAGACCUCCGACACAGCAGCGACGUUGACAGGUCGGCACAGAAACUCUCGGUGCGAUUUGUCGAGCAUGAUGAUAUGGAUGACGGAUCAUCUGAUAAGACGCCAGCCGUUCUUCAGCUUCCUAAAACCUCGUUUACUCUGAACUUCCCUCUGGUUGGAUCCAACCCCUGUGAGACUCAAACGGGCCUUCGUGACCUGGUCAUGGCCAAGUUCAUGGACAUGGUUCAGAAAUGGUUCCGACCGAUCCCGUCUCAUCCAGAUUACUAUUACUUCUAUCCACAGAUUGUGCAGGAAACAUCUAUAUUGGAAUCAUCAACAUCAGGAUCAUCGGAUGUUUUGGAAGAAUUUACUCAGCAAGAUCUCCCAGAAGAUGUUGAAUUCAUCGAUAUUGAAGAAAUAUCCCCAAAAGAAGAGGACCGGGAGCGCACGAAGAGCUCGUCAACUGUAUCGAACGCCAGCUCGGGGGAAGUGUCCUCCAGUCAAUCCGAGGAUGAGGAGGCACUGGUGGGAGACUACAAGGAACAGGAAAACCCACUGUUCAUCCACUUCACAUGCUCCAUGAAGAGUUCCAGAGAUUCACACUUCGCCUCCGUACAGACACUGCCUCAGUGCAUGGUUGAUGUCUGGCGUCAUCUUGACAGUGAUGUCCAUGAACUUGACCUUGCAAGUCUGAAGUUCACCUUUGACAUCAUCUGCAUGACCCUGCCGACUGAACUGGAUGUGCCGCUGCCACGGAAACCAUCAUUCAUCCGUCUGCUGUCCAGUGGCAGUAACCCCCCACAGCCAGCUCAAGAUGGCGACGCAGAGGAAAAUAGCACAUCACUCGUGUUAUCUGACCCAGGGUUGAUAAAUCCAUUCUCUGGGGACCCUGUACAUCAUCUGCCCAGGUCACAACAUUUUGCCAUCAGUCAAUUGAAGGAAGAGAUUGAGUGGCUCCUAUUUGAUGAAAUAACGUCUUCUUUGAGACACAUGCAUCCUCUGAAUUCCGAUGCUCUUCGGUUUGUGACGGAGAACAUCCGGGCUUCUGCAGGGAAACCGUCCUGUGUGCACAACUCUGUGAAACUUGAGUUUGUCUACGGAGCUGACCCAAGUCUCUGUCGCUUCACAGAGGAAUUUGAAAGGAUGCAGAUACCCGGAUACCACCUGACUAAAGAAGGGGAUUUCUACUUUGCCAUUCUGAACAGAGCUCACUUCAGCCACUUCCGAGAGCUUCAGCCGAUCGUGGAUGAGGCGCAGCAGUCGAGUAACAUCAAACAUGCCAUGGCACUGCAGACGGCUCUGGUGGAGCUCAGCAGUAAGGAGGGAACGCCCGCAGAACGGGAAGGCCGGACCACAGAGGCUGACAAGAUGUUUCCGGCCAUAGAAGAGAGGAGCUACAGCCUUCCCAGCAUUCUCCUCAGCAUGGGCACAAGCGAAGAUCAGUCCUCUCCGCUCGCCGUCAGCUCGCCAAAGAAGCUGGAUUCACAGAUUCUUGAAAACAGACAGCGCCAUUCCUCGGACGGGAGGGACAUGAAAGUGAAGACCGAUGCGAGACUUGUGGGUCCGAUGAUGGACCCGACAGUGGAUGACUUCAGACAGCUUCCAAUCCCGGCGUCGUCAAUGCUGGACAUUCCUUUGAAGCAUGACGAGACAGUGGAACAUGCGGAAGGUUUGUUGAAAAAGUCAUCCAGUUUUGGAGGCUCGGGUUUUGGAGGGUUCCCCAUGGUCAUAGGAGACUCGGUGGGUGGAGAACGGCAGCUAGUGAACGUGAUAGCUCCCAUCAGGAGUCAGUUGGCCCUGGAGAGGAACCGACAUUCCUCAGCUCCAUCAGCACAGGGCACUCACCACAGCCUGGUGUCGACACAGCCACAGACACCGUCCUGGAUAUCAUCACAGGGCAGCUACAAUGAAGAUGGGUACGAUGGUGACUCGAGCGAUGCCGAGCUGGAUGACACGGCCUCCACUAGCGAGAGCACUCAGGCCUUUCCUCUGCUGCCACACUUCUGGCUCAUCCUGCAGAUACAUUCAGACAGGGCCGAGAUAUUCUUUCAUGCUAGGCAAAUGGGCCUUAAACGAGAAACUGGGCAUGAAGAAUCAGCUGAGAAAAUUCAACACAAAGAGUUGCUGGAGAAAGUCUGUGAAAAUAUACAGCAGAUUUGCAUGCGCAUUAAUCAGCAACUUCUGUUGAAAGACCUGUAUGACACUAGAAUGUGCAAUUCCCUGCUUGUUCCUGAGGCAGAUGAAGAUGUUCACUGGACUGACAAGAGAACCACCUCUGGACGCUCCAUACAAGACACGUCUGGAGAUGAGGAUGACAGUGAGAUGGAGGGGCAGCCUCGAAGCUACUUGUUUGCUUCACUCACUUUCAAGCCGGGCAAGUUUGCUUGCAACUGUAUCUGGACCAAGCACUUUGUUCUCCAUUCAAGACUGAAAGCAACAACAGCCAAAGGUGUCUCAAAAGGAUACCUUGCACUGAGAAGUGUGCUGAAUAAGUUCUCUGUGAACAACAGGAAAAACAUGUUUGUCAUCCAGGAAACAUCCACAGGAAGUGUCUUUUAUGCCAGAUUGAAAGAGAUUCAUGGAGGUCAUCAAUCAGAUGAAACUGUUUCAUUGGAAGGCAGUUUAAAUAGAGCAUCUUUUCCCUUGGCUAAACAAGAGAGUGAAAUUCAGGACACUGGUACCAUAGAUACCGAUUCUGUGUCAGUAACCUCCACUGUCAGCAGGCUGUCAACAAAGGAAGACGAUUAUCUCCAGCUUCUGGUGUAUGGUAUUCAGGAAAUAGGUCAGGAGAUUCACGAGGACCUGGUGAAGAUUCUACAGAAGAAGCUUGAUGACGCUGUUCUGGAUGCCAUCUCGGUGAUGCUCAGCAGAAACCCCAUGUGUAAACUCAAACCAGAGGAUGUCCACUUCAUCCAGACUCCCAAGCAGGAGCCGACGGAGAUGUUUCAGCUGACGAUCCCGGGCCACGCGAUGAUGUACCUGCUGGCCGUCAUGUACUACCUGCGACAAAACCUGCUACAUUUCCUACACAGACCCAACUACGUGGACACCUCGCCGGACGGCCACUUCAGGGAGUUUGUCCAGGGAAUUUGGUCUGUUAUUCCUUCAGAAAAUGUGUAUCUCUACAUCAAACCUCAAACAGUUGGUGGCAAAGGAAUCGCUUGUAUCAGUUUGAGACUUGUUGAUGGCAUGUGUAAUCCUGUGAAACUGUUGAGCUGUCCACAUCCAUACCGGAGUGCAGCCAAUCACAUCCAGGAUGUCUCUGAGUUCAACUCCCUGCUGGAGAUCACAGAACACCAGGCGAACCACUCCCCUUCAAAACCAGGACCAACAGCUUUGAUCCAGUUCAAGAUCUGGGAGAGAGGUAGUGUUGACAUGAAGACGUUGAAGGAUCGAUUGAUCACUACCAUCAAGCAGGCAUUGUGUGACAUCGUCACGGAGUACAACAUGCUCACCGCUCCAAUCUGUCAAAUCCCUAGACAUCUGCUAGAGUCGUUCCCCUUGCCUGUUUGUUCAGUUCCCACUUCUCCAACUAGUCCCUUUGAUGCAGCUUGUUUUAAAGAUGGACGUCGAACAAUGUUGAGUCGCAAACAUUCCGACUCGUUCCGUUUCAAUCCAGCCAGUAAUCGGCCUGCAAUCCAGUCAGCUUCUCCAUUUCACUCGGUCAAGGAGGCUUCAAUGCAGAAAACAAGAGUCACAUCACCACCACCAGAAUCUAAGUCUGUGACGUUCGACUGGUCGUCUCCAGCACUUGAUGUAGCCAACAUUCAGCCCUCGCCAACCUACACAGACUCGUCUUCUGAGAAAGGCGUCCAGGAGCUUGUCUCACUGUACGAAUGUGGGGAUCGUGGCUCACUCAGCUCAGUCUUCGUGGCCUUGAUCAAGCCGUGGCUUACACACUGUACUAAAUUAGGUCUGCCAUCGGUGUACAAGCUCAAUCUCAGCCUGCUGUGUCACUUCUCGGUGGACUACGUUCUGCAGGAGAACCUGGGCAUAAUCAAUGGCAUCUCCUCCAAAAUCAACCCCAAAGUCUUCAAGCUGGUGAAGAGCCACUCGUCUGGUGAUGGUCUUGUUGGAAAACCAUACCACCCAUGCAGACCACCACUCAGGGCUGCUGAGGACAGCAGGGAGACUUCUCUUGACCUAGGCACAAAGGUUUUGUCGGACAGUGACCACAAGUCUGAGUUUCUGCUCAUUGGUAGAGAUGUGGAGCAGUGGAGACUGUUUGUGCCGUGUGAAAAUGCUGAUGACGUACAUCCCUCUGUGACCAUGCCUGCUCCAAAGACGUUCCAGGCUGUUCAGAAGUUUCUGCCGUACAUGUCACCAGAAGGUGAAGACAGUAAGAGUCUGGAGGCUGGCACUCAGACCUUGUCCCAGGAGUCGUACUUCGUUCCGCGGCAGAAUCUCUUAGUAAUACAUGUUGACGGUUUGCAGCUGUCUGUGUUUGCAUACAACUGGGCAAGUGACCUAACGUCUCAGCUGGAGGACAAGCUGUCGAAGCUGGUCAAGUGGAGCAACGCUCGGGCUCUCAUCCUGCAGAGCAUCAUCAGUCAGAAGAAAGGGCUGUACCACCACGCAGCCUUCGCAGACGUCUCAUACACUCAGGAGCAGAACCAGUUCACCCAGUCGUCCAGUGACAUCGACAGUCUAAUCAAGUACCCGGCCCCGCCACAGAGAGAGACUCAGCGUCGUCACAGCAGCACGUCGACCAAGGACCGCAACCUGUCGCGCAUCAUCAGCCGGUUCCGGCCGUUUGACGAGACGUUCAGGAACCUGCAGCCACCUCGCCCCCUCUACCAGACGAUCUUCUUCAAACUGCCCGACCCGGUUGUCCGACAUGGCAUGCAGACACAGGAAUUGCGUUCACAUCUUAGACAAGACACAGAGAGACUGUUUCGACUUCAGCAGCUUUAUUUCGCCUGGUUGCGAAAGAACAAUUCACCAGUUUCUGAGGACUAUGUGCAUCUACUGAAGUGCUCCUCCCGUCUCUUCCACUACUGUGUGACACCGCUCCUGUUCAGUCCUCAGUGGCGACAGCGAGUCAUUGAGAAAACCAUGGACUGCACUGUCACUAACAUCAAACAGGAGAUGGGGGUCACAGUGACUCCACCACCCGUAGAGAAAGCAGAGGGAUCAAAAUCACGGUCUCGUCACAGUUCUGGUACCUCAAUUGCGAGUCUGCGCAACCGGCGAUCCGACAGCCAGGACCGGAGGAAGGCGUCCAUCACCCCCCAGGACUCCCCCGAGAUCCGCCACAGAUCGGCUCAGGAAGAUUCCUGGCACGUGGAGCUGCGCAGCAGUUUUAUAAAUCAGUACCGGAGCUACCUGGAGGUCCUGGGUUUCGUUGUUAUAUCCGUACAGGAAUCGGCCCGCAAAAGGUACAGCAGCAGCAAGUCGGUGUCUCCCACUGGAAAUCCAGUGACCGACGACAAACUGUCUAACAGAUAUUCUCUCCAGAAGACCUUCACAAGUGGCAUCAUGUUUGUCGAGAUCGGCUUUCGAGAAGAGUACUUCUGUGUCAAGAUGUUUGUCCUCACCUGUAUGCAGAUUGGUAUUUCUGUCAACCAGCAGAUGAACCUGUUGUUUGUUGACGAGUGUGAGAAGUGCAAGGAUCUGAUCCACGUGCACUCGUUUGCCCACGACUUCCACCUGCGCCUCAUCCAGAGGUACCUCAGUGGGGAGGACUGUGUGUUCAGCCACUGCUUUCAUCUGACUCACUUCCUGCAGGACUUCGCCCGCGUCUACCCGUACCCACCAGCGUUCUCUAGAAACUGGUUACAGCAAGACAUCAUCACUAUUCCUGACCUGCCGUGUCCGAGUCAUGAGCUGUAUGACUACAUGUUGAAACAGAUGAAACAGAGAGACAUGCGAGUCAUCCGCAUGGUCGUCUCCAUUGACACGGACUUGGAGCCGGACUACAUCUUUGUGAAGGCGGAUGAAUACGCUUUGGUGAGUCACAAGAAGCUGCAGAAAGAGGCGAAACGUGAAGGGGAGACAACUCGCGAGGACAAGGAUGAGUAUGAUGUUGGUCUGGUAAUUACUCACGACAACCCUAAGGGUCUGCUUCAGAGUGAGUCUGAGAUGAUGACUCUGAGACUCAAGUACUUCAUCAUUCUCACACGAAGCAGAGACUGCUUCCCCAUGAAGACACUAGAGAAGAAACUCGGAGAAUUUAGAUCAGCACUGACAAGGACUUCAUCUUAUGGUCCACAAGAGGUUCCUUCGGGUGGUGAUGACAUGUCUAAACCUGUGCCCGUCAAACAACACCUAUCUGUACGACAAGAGGAUGUCAACUAUCUUGGAUUCUCCAACGUCCACCAGGCUCCCAUCUACGACAUGGUACAGAACGAGGUUCAGGCUGGAAGGGAUAAGAUAGAGCAGAUGGUACAGCUGUCGCGGGUGAAGUGUUCUCUCGACUACCUGUGGAAGAGGAUGCUCAGUAAGGAAGGAGACAUCCGCAAGAAGAAACGCAGUGAGACUGAGGAGAGCAGGGAUGGUAGUUUGAAAAGUUUGAGUUUUGAUGAAUUCAAGGAACUUCUGAGAAUGGUGGCACUGACUCCACUGAGCGAGAUCGACGCCCAGCUGAUUCCCUUUAUGAACAUGUCGUUUGCCUGGUACUACAGCUUGCUGGACGUCCUCAUCUCACGCUACCCAGAUACACACAGAUGUUUCGUCAGUACAGACAAUCAACAGAAAUAUAUUCUUGUUCUGAACCCCAACUAUCUGGAUAUGUUCAUGAUGAUGUCACUGGAUUUCCGGUUAGAAAGAGCGGAACUCUGCAUGGUAUUGCGAGAGCCAUUGCUGAACAAGGAACACACUCCACUGAGUCCCAACCUGCCAGUUCUCAGCAUGCAGACUCACAUAGAGAGUUUCGUCAAUGCGUGUGUAUUCCACACCUGGGCGUCGAUGCUGUAGACUGUUAGACAUACUGCACAAUGUCUGAAACCACUCAGCAUGCAGACUCACAUAGAGAGUUUCGUCAAUGCGUGUGUAUUCCAUACCUGGGCGUCCAUGCUGUAGACUGUUCGACAUGCUGCAUAAUGUCUGAAGCCAUUCAAUGUGCAAUAUUAAUAUUUAUUACCCCAGCAGUAACGCAUAACAGGAAAAAUAUUUUCACAAUGAUUUGACGCUUACAGACCAAUGACCUUGUUGGUAUUAAAUGUUACGUCAUCACGAUUUGGUAAACACACAAAAUUAUGUCACUUUUUUUAAAGAGUUUGCAUUAAUGACUGUUUUCGGUGUUAAAUUUGUAAAAAAAAUAAAAAUUAUUUUAAUGCAAUUCAUUAUAGAUGUUUUAGCAGAAUAAAGAGAAUUUUUGUUUUUGAACAUUAUCUAUGAACGUGAUUAAACAGAACAGUGUGUAAAGUGGCUUACAUCGUUUCUAUACAUGAAGGCCUACGUGCAUGUUGUGUUGAAAAUAAAGGCUUUUAGACAAAAAAUAGCUGUAAUAACAGUAACAAACUUGGUAAACUUUAGCGAGUAACAAAUGAAAAUUAUUUCAUGAGGGACGUAAAUUUGCUAAUAUCUUGUAACUUGUUUAUUAUUCUCUAUUUAUGAACCGAACUUGUUGCAAACUUACAAACAUUGUCAGAGGAAUGAUCUUCAGGCUUUGUAGAUCGUUUCACCAAUCAAAGAUUCUGUAGAUUGACUGUUUAUUUGUAUGUGUUGUUGUUGAAGUUAAACAUUCAUUCCAUCACACUGAAUAUUUUGUUCAAUUUCACAUCGUGAUUCACUACACAAGUUUCAGAGAUCACAACACAAAUUUAAAAUGUUAAA